AUGGCCAAUUUGAGAAGCGUACAAAAUCAAUAUGCCGAAGCAUUACCUCUUUAUGAACAGGUCUACGAACAAUUUCAACAAUUCUAUGAAACUGAUGAACAUGCUGAUAUUGCUCACGUGCUCAACAAUAUGGACGAAGCACAUCGCCUUCUUGGUGAUUUGAACACUGCGAUUGAUUAUGCAAGACGUGGUUUGGCCAUUCGACGAAAUAAAUUGCAAUCGAAACAUGAAGACCUGCAAGAAACAGAAAAGUUGGUUAUUCAAUUACAACAAGAGAUUCUCACUCAUAUAACACCAAUAAGACGUUCAUCUUCGUCAUCCUUAAGUCUUUUGGAACAACAAUGUUUAGAAUUAAAAAAACGACGAAAACGAAAGAAAAUUAUCAAUAAUGAAACUAUUAGUCAUAAUGAUUCAAAUAGUUCAUUAUCAACAACAUUCAUUAUUGAACGAAAUCAAUAA